AUGAGUUUCCAUGGAGGUAACUACCCUUAUACUGCCGAGAAAUCAAUUAAGCGACUUCAUUGCCGCCUUAAUUUACUGAAGAGAAAGAGACACUCAAUUGUAAGGCAGUUACGCGAGGACAUUGCUCAGCUUCUCAAGAUUGGUCAAAAUGAGGCUGCUUUUGCCAGGGUUGAACAGCUUCUUAAGGACCGGAGCUUAUUGGAUGCAUAUGAUCUGGUGGACCACUACUGUGAAUUUAUCAUUCUUCACUUUCCAUACAUUCGAAGACAUAAGGACCGUCCGAAAGAUAUCAAUGAAGCAGUUUCAACGUUGAUAUUUGCUGCUGCAUGGUUUGGGGAUCUGCCAGAGCUCCGAGCGAUCAGAAAGCUUUUUGGAAAGCGCUACGGGCAGAAAUUCAUUAAGGAUGUAGCUGCAUUGCAGUCUGGAAACCUUGUCAAUCAUGAGAUUAUGGAGAAACUACGUUUAAAGCUCAUCAGUGAUAGUGUGAAAUUAAAAUUGAUCAAUGAAAUAGCCAUGGAUUAUGGCCUCCAGCUGUGGUACUUCGGGAGUGAUAACAGGCCCAAACAACAUCUUUUGCAGAUGCCUGGAGACACAGAUCAUCAACUGGAGAGGUUUGUUUUCGAGGAAGAUGCUGGUGUCAGUUAUAACAGCACCAGUGGGGCAAUAGUGCUAGCUUCAUAUGCUAAGCAUAGCCCUGAUAUUCCAUCUGAAUUAACCAUCCAUCCUCCGGACAAGGCUCCUAUGCACAAAAAAGCAGUCCAUACAGAGAAUCAUUCUCAAUACAAGUAUAUGUAUGAACUACCUGAUCAAAGUGAUUUCGGAAGUUCUGGCUCAAACAACAUGUCCGCAGACUCUUUCAAAGGCAUUGCUGAUAUUGCAAGAACAGCAACUCGAGAGAUUUCAUUUCAGUAUCACAAGAGAACUGUCUAUGUUGAUGAGGUGGAGGAAUUUGAGUUUAAUGGUAAGGACAAAAGCUUAUUUUUGUUUAAUGCAUCCCCCCGUCCCUUGAUUGACAACUAUGGUGUUGAUGGAUCAACACUGUUGGCUUUAUCCCACCAUGGUUAUAGUGAAGGCAAUUGCAACGGACCUGAACCUGAGGAUAAGAUAACAUUGUCGAGGAAAACUCAUAAAAGGAUCAGGAACUCGUAUGGUCACAGGUUGGAAAGGAGAGUUGAUACCAAGACCAAUCGUAAGUGCGAAUCUUUUCUGACACCAGUAAACAAGAAAGACAACGAUUGCGUGGUCUUCAACGGUCAAUUUUGCAACUUUUCACCAUGUCAGAAACAGUUCUAUCAUCGAGUUUUUCAUUUUCAAAAUAAGCAGAGGACAACGAUGCCAGCCAAAGAACGCAGGAUUGCCUCAUUGGUAUGCUAUGAUAAGGUUUCGUCCAAACCAGUGAAAGGGUAUGUUCAGUCCUGUAAAAGCCCUGAAAAGAAGUUUAGAUGCUGCUUGGAGAAAUCAUGCUAUAAAUGUGAUGGUCAGGUAAAUGGUACUCAAACUCAAGACAACAAGAAAUUAAUGGAAACUGAAGAAUCAUCAGAUUGUCCAGCAAGAUAUGCCUCUUCUUAUAAUUCCUCUUCGCAGGGGCCUAGUCCUGGUUCAAGAAAAAAGACAAUCCCACCAAAAAGGCUAAAGGGCAUGACCGUCCCUGAUAAUGAUAACCAGUCAAUUUCUUCUCAUCUUGAGCUUUCAAAAGGAAGCACAGCCUCAUCUUGUAGCCAUGUACAUCCAAAGCUCCCGGACUACGAUGAAAUAGCAGCUAAAUUCAUAGCUCUCAAGAAGGAGCAUCAACUAAGAACCAACGCAGCUAGGCAUGGCUUGAAUAUCGCAUGA